AUGGCCUUUUCCUUGCUUUCAUGGUGCCGGCACCGCUCCAUUCAGGCCUCCCGACGCUUGAAGAGGCCAUACUCCCUCACCGACGAGGCCUUUUUGAAGGAUGCGGACGCGGCGGCGCUGCAGAAACGCCUGGAGUCGGCCAUUGGUUUUCUACAGGAAGCGGUGCUUCUGCCCAUCGACAAGCGCUUACCCGGACGGCCCUUCGAGUUUGACAUGGCGGUCUUCCCCUGCAAACCCACGGUCUUGAUGAUCGGGAACCAUUCGUCGGGGAAGUCUACCUUCAUCAAUCGCAUGAUGGGGGUUCAGGUCCAAGAAACAGGCGUGGCGCCCACCGAUGAUGGUUUCACCAUUUUGGAGCGCAGCGAGGAGCACGAGCAAUUCGAGGAUGGCCCCACCUUGACCGGCUGCUCCGAGAACAAAGCUUUCCGUGAGCUCCAGCGCUUUGGCCGGUCCUUCUUGGGCCACUGCCGCAGGAAGCGGAUGGUGUUGCCCAAGGAUGCUGAGUUGCCUUAUGGCUUACAGUUGGUGGACACUCCAGGCAUGAUCGAUUUGCCCGGGAACAAUCAGACCUCCAGCAAGGCGAGGGGAUACAACUUCGUGGAAGUGGUGCGGUGGUGGGCCAAGCGAUCGGAUCUCAUCCUGCUCCUCUUUGAUCCAGAUAAGCCGGGCACCACUGGAGAGACCCUGGAGGUUCUGACCAAAUCGCUGGCGGGCCUGGAUCACAAGUUCCUGGUGGUUCUGAACAAGGUCGACCAGCUGGACAACAACGUGGACUUUGCUCGAGCGUUCGGAACUUUGGGCUGGGCUUUGUCGAAGGUGAUCCCGCAGAAGGACAUCCCCAUGGUCUGGACCAUGUACAACGAGCGCAAUGGUUCCAAGAGACCUCCGCAUGAGAACGAGCUGCCCUUGGAGGCCUUUGCGGCCAACCGGAACGCUGUGGUACGUGAGGUGCUACGGGCGAAGGUGCGACAUUGGGACAACAUCGUCACCUCCCUGGAGGAAUGCUUGCGCCAGAGUGACAUGCUCUCGCGGAUGUGCAACAAGGUCCGGGAGAGUGCGAAGCAGCAAAUCAGUCGCGCUUGGCGCGGGGCUGCCUUGAUGCUCAGUUUGCCCUUCUUCGUCGCUGCCUUCAUUGGACAUGGGCGCUUUUCAGGGGGUCUUGCUACAGCUUGGUCUCAAGGUUCAGGAGUCGUCUCCUUACUGAGUCAGCUGGCCGUCCUCUGUGUGCUCUUAUGCUUUGUGGUCUUGGGCCUCACACUGGAUCAGCUGAGGCAAUUCGAUCGCAUCCAGAUGAGCCAUGGUGGCUUGGAUACCAUGUUCGAGAGCGUCUACCAUGACAUCUUCAUCCACACCGGUGGAGAGGACCUCCGUGUCCGUUGGGCCACCGUUCGCCCCUUAUUGGAGGCCAUGCUGAAAAGCGUGAAGAGCCCAACGCAGCUUCCACUCAUCGAGUCCUGGGAACUGGAUCGGAUUGCUGAGAUCCUGGAGGAGGACAUCUGGUACCUCCGCCAGGUCGCCAAGCGCCUGCGCCCCGCGGAGCCCAAGAUGCCCGAAGGCCACCCGCCCCGCGGCGUGGCGCCGACGGAGCCGGUGGCGGCGGUGGGGCGGCCCGAGGCCAAGCGACGGGAGGGAAGGGAGGCAAGAGAGGCAAAUCAGGCGGCGCAGGCAGCGCAAGCAGUGGAAGCUGGUGUCACAGGCUCUCUUAGUGAGCCAUGA